GUGUGUCUGCAGCUCCUCACCACUUCCUGCUUCAGUCGAGUCGACGCUUUGAGGGGAGCAGUUUGCAGAACGUUGUUUCUUCAGUUCGACGGUUUAAGAUGAGGUUCUGGACGCUGGUUCUGGUUGGUGCCUCCAUGAUUCCCCGGACAGAGGCCCUGAAGUUCUACGAUCCAGAGCUCUGCUUCAUCCUGGACGGGUUCCUGGGACUCUACGGCCUCGUCAUCACCGGGAUGUUCAUCAAGGAGAGGUUCUUUAGAACCAAAGUGAAGGAGGAGAACGUCUAUAGCGAUCUGGGAGGUCCGGGUUCUGGAAGCUUUCCGCUGAUGAGAGACGCGGAGAGAGGAAGGAACCGCAGAACUGAUGACGACACGUACACGGAUCUGACCAAACGUACCGACGGAGAAUAUAAGGAACUUCCUCUGAAACGAGAGCAGCGUCAGAGGAAGACCGAUCAGGUUUAUCAGGGUCUGAGUUCUGCCACCAGAGACACCUAUGACUCCCUGCAGAUGCAGCCGCUUCGCUAAAGAACCACAGUUCUAGAUGUGGAAGCAGGACUGGGACCAGGACUGGAAGCAGGACUGGAAGCAGGACUGGGACUAGGACUGGGACCAGGACUGGGACCAGGACUGGAAGCUGGACUGGGACCAGGACUGGGACCAGGACUGGGACCAGGAAGUCUUUAUUUUUCUUUCCUUUCUUUUUGUUGAACUUCUAUAAAAUCUGGUUCGUUGGUUAAAGUUCAGCCUCAGAAAUCUGAGAAGUUCCAGUUUUUUUCCUGAAUUGUUCUUUAAACCUGCUGAGAUUAUUAGAAAUGAGAAUUAGAUUCAUUAGAGAACAGGAAGUUCUUUUAAAUCAAUUAUUAUGAAAACAGGAAGUUGCUUUAAAUAAUUUAUUAUGAAAACAGGAAGUUAUUUGAAAUGAUUUAUUAGAGGACAGGACAUUUAUUUAAAUGAUUUAUUAGAAAACAGGAAGUUAUUUUAAACAUCAUUUCAGUCAUUUUUUCAUUUAAAAACACCAAAUGAUUUCAACAUUUCAGCUUCUCUAAUGUGAAAAACUGUUUUUUUAUUCAUUCAUAUUUUCAGCUUUUUGCUGAUGUUCUUGUGGAUCAGGACGACAUUUAUUGUUAUUUUAUCACAUUUAGGCUCUUCAGGUUCUUCAGGAUCUGAACAGAAAGAUGAAUUUCAAACAACAUAUUUGACCAGAAGGUUGUAUAUCUGGACGUUAAAUCAGAAACAGAGUUUGUUAAAUUCAAGUCAGUGAAUUUCCUUCUCUGAUUUCGAUCUUAUUGAUGUUUCAGUUUAUUUUAGGGAGUUUGUAUUCAAAUUAUUUACAGUUUAAAGAGUUUAAAGUUCAUUUACCUCCAAUAUUAUCUUGUUAAUUAUUAAAACUAAUUAAUCGAAUGAACCAAGAGGAGAAAAUGCUCCCAGAUAAAAACAAACAUUAACUUCUGAUGUUAAUAUUCGUCUUGAAAUCGGCUCAAAGCCCCAAAACAUUUCAGAAAUAUCCAAUAAAUAAACGAGUUGUUCAUCAUUCAACUGUAAAAAUUAACAUUAGAUUUUCUCGUCACGGUUUUACAGGACGCUGCAGCUUUAAUGUUUUCUGUUGCUUUGUUCAUAUAAAAUAUUAUAAAUGCUUGAAUCCUUUCUUUUCAUUUUCUUGUAUUUUUCUGAUGAGUUUUAAACAACAGCGUAAAUGAAUCACUUGUUCUGAUGUUUUCCUGAGAAUUUCUGCUGUUUGAACAACAGUAUAUAGUAGUAUAUCGUCUAUUUUGCUUUAUUAAUAAAAUCCUGUUUGAAAAAACAUA